ACAGACAUGACAGAUGACAUAACCUAAUUUUUAAAGACUGUUUACUGUCGUAAAAUUUUGAUCAGAGGUUUUAUCCUUUUAAUCGUUCUUGAAGGUAAAUAUGCCAAGAUCACGAUCUAGAGAUGGUAAAGAACGUUCUUCACGAUCAAAACACAGUCAUAAAAAGGCAUCUAGGUCUCCAAGCUACGAGAGGAAAAAAUCUAAGAGCAAAAGACGCUCGAGUUCGUCUACAAGUUCUAAAAGACGAGAUUUUAAAUAUGUAAGUAAGAAUCGUAAGCGACAUGAUUCAGACAGUGAUUCUUCAAACAGUAGUAGUUCUUCAGACAGUUCUAGUAGUUCACAAAAUUCAUUAAAACUAUUAGAGAAGCUUGAGAAAGAUAGAAUAAGAAAUCUUGAAGAGAAAAAGAGACAAAAGGAACUAUUAAAAGCAACUGAGACAGCAGAGGAGAAACGUUUGCGUAGAUUAAAGAAGAAGGAAGAGAAAGAACGCAAGAGAAAGGAAAGAAUGGGCUGGGAUAAUGAAUAUUUACAUUAUACCAAUAGUGACAAUCCUUUCGGUGAUGGUAACUUAUUAUCAAGCUUUGUUUGGACAAAAAAGUUAGCUAAAGAAGGCCUGACAAAUGCUAGUCAUGAAGAAUUGGAGGCAAGAAAUAGAUUCAAACAAGAGGAAAACAAAAGAGAACUGGAAAAGGUGAAGAAAAGAAGGCAAGAGCGUGAAUUAGAUAGACAAAGAAGAGAUGAAGAGAACCAGCUCUUGCAAAGGAGCAAAGAGGCAGCCCAGUUUGAAGAAUGGGAAAGACAAGAAGAUCAAUUUCAUUUAGAACAAGCCAGAUUAAGAAGUCAUAUUCGGAUCCAGGAUGGUAGAGCAAAGCCUAUUGAUCUUCUUGCAAAAUAUAUCAGUGCAGAGGAAGAAGUAGAUGCUGUGGAAAUGCACGAACCAUACACAUAUCUUAAUGGACUUCAUAUAAAAGAUUUGGAGGAUCUUGUUGAGGAUAUUAAAGUCUAUAAAGAACUGGAAAGAGGAAAGAAUUUAGAUUAUUGGAAUGAUAUUACAGUUAUUGUUGAAGAUGAGUUACAAAAAAUGAGAAAGAUUCAAAAGGAACAGGACUUUGAUGCUGGGGUUGGUAGAAGAGAAGGUAUAAAUCAAGCAGUAGCUCAAGAUGUUACAUCAGUUUUUAAAGGCAAAACAGCCAUUCAGUUGGCAGCCCUUCAAAAACAAAUUGAAAGUAAAAUUUCUGGUAAAGCAGAUGGAAUCGAUAUCGGUUAUUGGGAAUCUUUAUUGUCCCAACUUAAAGCUCACAUGGCCAGGGCAAGACUUAGAGACAGGCAUCAGGAAAGUUUGAAAAGGAAACUACAAGUUUUAAAAGCCGAACAGGCGGUUGCUUUGCCUGAAAACAACCAGAAUAUUGAAAGUACUAAACAUAGCGAUAAUGAGAAACCCAGUACCUCCCAAGAGUCUACAGAAGAUAGCCAAAGUGAUACAGAAGCUAAUGAGAAUGCUGCAAAUGAUAUUUUGAAUGAAUGCUUUAUUUUAUAUCAAAAUGGAGGGUACAGUCCUAAAUUAUUAAGUCCUGACGAGAUUGAACCAGGCACUAUAGUAGUGACAGAAGAGGAUGACACAAACAGACUGGAGUUUGCAAGAAUGCAGGUAACAGCCAAAGGCAAAAAAGUUGAGAAUGUUAUAACGAAAGAAGAACUUCUACUACAAAAAGAGGCAAGAAAAGGAAUGGGAGAAGAUGAGGCCCAGUUUAGUGUGGAACAAGCUUUAGAUAAUCAAGUAUAUCUUUGGUCAGACAAGUACAGACCGCGUAAACCCAGGUACUUCAACAGAGUACACACAGGUUUUGAAUGGAACAAGUACAAUCAAACUCAUUAUGACAUGGAUAAUCCACCUCCAAAAAUUGUACAAGGCUACAAGUUUAAUAUAUUUUAUCCAGACUUGAUUGAUAAGAAUUGUACUCCAGAAUAUUUUUUGACUCCUUGUCCAGAUAAUAAAGAAUUUGCCAUUUUGAAAUUCCAUGCCGGACCGCCCUAUGAGGACAUUGCAUUUAAGAUAGUUAAUAGGGAGUGGGAAUAUUCAUAUAAAAGAGGUUUUAGAUGUCAGUUUCAUAAUAAUAUAUUUCAGUUAUGGUUUCACUUUAAAAGAUAUAGAUACAGAAGGUAAAACUUUGAUUGCUUUAAUUUAUCUAUAUUUAAGAGUUGUAAACAUAUUAAUUUUAAGAUAAAACUGUAUUUUAUUUAUCUUUCUAUCAGUACUUUUUUUGUAUUACAGGAAAUAAAACUCUAUGAUUUAUGUUUAA